AUGGCCGGAAGGGGUGGCACGGCGGAGCGCAGGGCUGUCCGGGCGGGGAUGGACGCGGGCAUGGCAUCGAGGCGUCGAGAUGGGCAGCGGCACAUCUCGGCGUCGGGAGGCACAGCUCGGCGGCGGCUGGGCGACGCCAGGACAAUCCAGGGGCCGAUCCAGAAGGGUUUGCGGUGGGGGCGGACCGUGGACGGCCGGCGGCCGGUGGCACGGCUGCCGGGCACGCUGCUAGCUGCUAGCCUGCUACUGCAAGAGACCAAGAGCCCAGGACCCGGAGCACGCGGGUGGGAGCGGCAGCCGGCGGCCGGCGACAUCUCUGCGGUGGGUGUGGGAGGCGCACCGCGCAGGGAGGCUGGCCGGAUCCUGGAGGCGGAGGCGGAGUGGUGCUGCGGCCUGCGACUGCGAUUCGACGGAGCCACACUCAGAAAGUCACGCUGCCACAGCCACCGAGGCAAAGUCAAGAGCCAAUUUGUCCAGCAGUGCACAGCUCUGAAGCUGGGGCGGGACGGAUCUAGGAUGGAUGUGAACUCCGACGCAAUGGCGCAGAGGAGGCCGCUUGCUGCCUGCCCUGGACAAGCUCGAGCCCCAGCAAUCUCUGCUUGCUGCAUUCAUAGCCCGGUGAUCUUGUUUAUCAAAUGGAUGAAUAAUUUAAAGGUUUACAAAGAGCUUAUAUGUGUUCAGGGCCCCUUUGGCCGGUCUCCAAACGGCACUGAACCUCCACCGGCAGCUCGUGGUUUUGUGAACGGCGAGAGUGAAGAGAGAAAAAAAGACUCCAGUGACCAGCCAGCUAUGCUACAGUAGCAUUGUUUGGUGGAGCCGGAGCCCAUUGGAGCCAUGCCAAAGGCACCCAUAGCAUGUCUAAUAGUAUAGACAUUUUUUUCAAAAAUAUAGUACAGAGACAGCAUGUACCUUCCAUUGCUAUAUAUAUAUUCUCUCUAGAAUCGUGUCAUACAUCAUGUGAUGAGUAAUAUUAUUGUUUCCUCCCACAAUCAA